AUGUCUUUAUUCAUAAAUGGCAAGAUCCUCUCCAGGGCCGUCGCCAGCUUGGCAGACGAGCCUACCUUUGCAGAGAGCAUGUAUGUCAAAGACGGUAUCAUCCAAGCCAUCGGCACAAAGGAGCAUGUCGCAGAACAGGUCAAGACAGAGGAUGUUGUCGACACGCAGGAUCUCAACGGAAAGACAGUCCUUCCAGGCUUUGUAGAUGGCCACAUGCACCUCCUCCUGCUGGGCCAGUCUCUUCGCAAGAUUGCUCUGGAGCACUGCAAGAAUCUGGAUGAUAUCUUGCACGAACUGCGCACUUACGCAAAAGCCAACCCGGAUGUUCCUAGAAUCAUGGCCAAGGGUUGGAUGCACUCCAUGACCCCCGACGGCGUAAACUACAAGAUUCUGGAUGAGAUUGAUGAGAGGCCCAUCUAUGUCGAUACAAAGGACAUGCACUCGACAUGGUGCAAUUCAGCAGGUCUGGCAGAGAUGAAGGUCGCCGACAUGGCAGAUCCUCAAGGCGGAAUCAUCGAAAGGGACGAGAACGGCCGUCCAUCAGGAGUUCUUAGCGAAGCAUGUAUCCUGACAAUUGUUUGGCCCACGCUUGCACAGCUCGCCUCUAACGAGGAGCGCAUCGAGUGCAUGCUCGCAGCCUUCCAAGCCUACCACGCCGCAGGAUACACGGGAAUAAUAGAAAUGGCCAUGGAUGAAUACUCAUGGGAAUCCCUUGUUGAGCUCAAGAGACGACAUCCCGAUGCUGCAAUGCGCGUCACAGCAUACUGGAUCGUCAAACCUUCUGAUAAACCAGAGGAGCGCGAGAAACAAGUAUCCCGAGCAAUUGAGUUGGCCAAGCAGUACAGCAAGGAAAUCUCACCUGAUCUUCGUAUCGCAGGUAUCAAGAUCAUCUGCGAUGGUAUCAUCGAUGCCUGCACGGCAUACCUCUCCGAGCCAUAUUCCGCGGCUCCAUCACCACCGCCGUUCUGGUCCAGAGAGGAUCUUGAGCCUGUCGUCAAACAAGCAGCCGAAGCAGGAAUCCAAAUCGCCCUUCACGCAAUUGGUGAUGCGGCUAUUACAAUGGCAGUAGACUUGCUCGAGAAGCACGGCAAGCCUGGUGCGCGACACAGAAUCGAACACUUGGAAGUGUCCAAGCCAGAAGAUGCGAAGCGACUAGGCAAGCUGGGUCUUACAGCAUCUAUUCAACCCGUGCACGCAGACCCAGCUAUUCUGCGCGCCUGGCCACGUCUCAUCUCGUCCCGUCGUGACCGCGCCUUUGCAUACCGCGAGUUCGCCGACUCAGGCGCUCUUCUCGCGCUGGGCAGUGACAGUCCCACAGCGCCGUGGAACCCAUUGCACAACAUCUACGUCGCGGCAACACGACGUUCCGCCAGAGAACCAGAGUGCGAGGAGGUAGUCAACGAGCACUUCAAGCUCGGUGUUUGCGAAGCGGUGGUUGCAGGUUCGCAGGGUGCGGCCAAGAGUGUCUUUCAGGAUGAUAGAGUGGGAAGUCUGGAGGUGGGCAAGAUUGCGGAUCUUGUCGUGGCAGAUAUGGAGUGGGAUGCAAAGACUUUGCUCAAGGCUGAGAUUAAGGAGACGUGGUUUGCUGGAAGGAGGAUUUGGAGUUUGUGA